GGUCCACGACUCGUGGACGUUUUUGAAUCUAACAAGAAUGGAGCUACUUGAUGAUAAUUGAUAGCGACGGUGUUGAACGUGUUUCGGUUCAGUUGUGGACAGAAUUCCAUAGUGAACAGUCAACGUCUCCGUUGUCAAGUGUUUUAAUUUCAGAGUUACAGAAGAGAAACCGGUUGAUCAUGUCGAAGAAGCCAAUUUUGUACAUGCAUAUUUUAAGCCCACCGGUGCGAGCUGUUCUGUUGACUGGUGCCGCGUUGGGAAUUGAGUUUGAGUUAAAACCCGUUGAUUUACUGGGCAUGGAACACAAAAAACCGGAGUUUGUUAAGCUCAAUCCACAACACACAAUUCCGUUUCUCGAUGAUAACGGCGUGCUGAUAGCUGACAGUCAUGCAAUUUGCGCAUAUUUGGUUGGGAAAUACGGCAAAGACGAUUCACUUUACCCAAAAGACUUGGCGAAACGCGCUCAAGUGGAUUCUCGUUUGCACUUUGACUCUGGCCAUCUCUUCGCUCGAUUGCGAUUUUUGUAUUUUCCAGUUUUCUUUUACAAGUCAGCCGAAAUGCCUGAAGAGCGUGUCAAGGAAAUUCAAACGGCGUGGGAUAUUCUGGAACGAUUCCUCUCCGAAACACCAUACGUUUGUGGCAAUGAUUUGACCAUUGCCGAUUUAUGUUUGGUCGCAACCGCGUCGUCAUUGACUGAAAACGUCCCAUUGGAUGCCAAGAAACAUACCAAGAUCCUUCAAUGGAUCGAUCGCCUUUCGAAAUUGCCAUAUUACGAAAAAACAAACGGCGUCGGAGCUCGAGGGUUGCAGGCCGAGUUUCGUGAUGUGCUGAAGAAAAAUGCCGAAGGAAAGUGAAUCUGAACCAAUCGUUCGUUCGUCAAAUGGAAUUUUUGAAAAUAGUAAAAGUCAGACCAUUAGUCUGUUUAUGGUUUUCGAAGAUUAUAUUCAGGAGACAUUUUUAUCUUCCGCACACUUUUUUAUACAUUGAUAAAAAUGUCUAUAAAAAUGUGUCUUUCUUUCAAUGAGAAUUUUCGGAAUUUUUUUUCAUAUAAAUCUUCUCGAAUCUUACAAAACUCUUUGUUUGAGAUCUCCAAUCUUAUCUUCGCCAAUUAUUUAAAAACAGAAAUAAAUGUCAUGUUCAACCGAAAUUCAAAA